AUCCUCAUCUUCUUCAACGUCGUCGUCGACCGCCGCCUUUAUGCACCCGCACCCCCACCAUUAUGCCCCUGCUGUUCCGAACCACCACAACCCGUCUUUUGCCGUUGCCAGCGCUGCUGGUGAUAUCAGAUCAAACAAUUUUGUCAACGCCAUGAACCCGGCCCGAAAUUUGAGAGCUGAAGUCAGCUACCAGCAACAGCAGCAGCAGCAAAGGACAUCAUCCUACCCAGGUGACCGGGGAGGACCCAUCCAGUAUCAGAGCAAAGUGCGAGUAACAGACAAGUACAAAGUCAUUGGUUUCAUUUCCAGUGGCACCUAUGGCCGUGUCUACAAGGCUCAUGGUCGCCAUGGCCAACCAGGCGAGUUUGCCAUCAAGAAGUUCAAGCCGGACAAGGAAGGCGAGCAGGUCACCUACACGGGCAUCUCGCAAUCCGCCGUGAGAGAAAUGGCCCUCUGCUCCGAACUCAACCACGCCAACGUCAUCAAGCUCAUCGAAAUCAUCCUCGAGGACAAGUGCAUAUUCAUGGUCUUUGAGUACGCCGAGCACGACUUAUUGCAAAUCAUCCACCACCACACCCAGCAACCGCGGCACCCCAUCCCGCCAAACACCAUCAAGAGCAUCAUGUUCCAGCUCCUCAACGGCUGCCAAUACCUGCACACCAACUGGGUCCUCCACCGUGAUCUCAAACCAGCCAACAUCAUGGUCACGUCGUCGGGGGAGGUGAAAAUUGGCGAUCUCGGUCUCGCCCGCCUGUUCUACAAACCCCUCCACAGCUUGUUCUCGGGCGACAAAGUCGUAGUGACGAUCUGGUAUCGCGCUCCCGAGCUGCUGCUGGGAAGCAGGCACUACACGCCCGCGAUCGACAUGUGGGCCGUGGGCUGCAUCUUUGCCGAGCUGCUCUCUCUCCGCCCCAUCUUCAAGGGGGAGGAAGCAAAAAUGGACUCGAAAAAGACGGUGCCGUUUCAGCGGAACCAGAUGCAAAAGAUUGUGGACGUCAUGGGCCUGCCGACGAAGGAGCGGUGGCCGUUGCUGACGAGCAUGCCCGAGUACUCGCAGCUGCCGUCGCUGUCACCGCCAUUGGGAGGCGGUGGCGGUGGUGGGCAUGGAGGUCACCACGGACAUCACGGGUAUGGUUCACACCAUCAUCACCAGUCCCACCACGGACGAGGCGGGAACAGCGCAGCCGCGAGCGUCUCCCACUUGGAAAAGUGGUACUACGGCACCAUCAACCAGCAGAUUUCGUCGACGGCGCAGGCCAAUGGGGCGAGCUCGCUUUCGGUGCUCGGCGCGCAGGGGUACAACUUGCUGGCUGGGCUGCUGGAGUACGACCCGGAAAAGAGACUGACGGCUGCCAAUGCGCUCCAGCACCCGUUCUUUGCCGAAAGCCCGGAUCCGAUCAAUGCGAACUGCUUCGCGGGGGUCAAGAUGGAAUACCCUCAUCGGAGGGUCAGUCAGGACGAUAACGAUAUACGAACGGGGAGCCUGCCGGGGACCAAGAGAAGCGGGUUGCCGGAUGAUUCGCUGAGACCGGGAAAGAGAGUGAAGGAGAACUGAUUUUUUUUUCCACGGCUGGGCAAUGAUUAUAGGGAGAGGAGGAGUCUGGAGUUGGUGGUGUUUCUGGGAUAGGCAUGACAUCUAUGGCAUUUACGUUUGAGCGUUUAUUCAGAGUUUAUAGUAAUAUUCCGACCAUCAAAGGCAUUUUGUUGGUGUUUUUUGCUAGGGAUACUCCUGAUUGCUCUCAGGCU